AUGACAGAACCAGAUGAUGUCGAAGAGGAUCUCUUCGCUGAUCUCUACGAUGCCGAUGAAGCCAGCGCUCCAACCCACUUAUCAACAACUAGCGCAGUUCCCUCUGCUCCGGUUGAUACGUCGAUCAAUAAAGCAAAAGAUGAGCCUGGAUAUGGCGAAGAGCCAGACGUUGCCUAUGAUCCCACUUCCUUUGACGUGGAUGCGAUGGGACAAGAUGACCAGAUGAAUGGUGCCCAAAAUAUGAGGUCGGAACCGGAGGUACAUGAGAGACCAGCCCAUACCGAGUCGUCGGGUAUUAAUAUGAAAGAGGACGGGUAA